GGGAGUUUCUGGUCAUAUCACGGAGAGGCAGACAUCAUGUGACCUUGUAGCUGUGGGUAAAAAACCUGAAAGUUUUCAUCCUGUAUUUGAACAUAUAAAAUCUGUGACGCAGAAGGUAGAACAAAACCCAUCAAAAGAAUUUGCUCAGGAAAUCAUCACAAUUAUCCACCAAGUUAAAGCAAAUUAUUUUAAAUCUUCUGACCUAACGUUAAAUGAACGCUUCUCAAAAAUACAAGAUAUAUCAGGGGAAAAUGAAGCUAAAAGACAUUUGGAUCCAGAGAUUCACAGGAGGAUUGAUAUGUCUUUGGCAGAACUUCAGAACAAACGCGCUAUUUCGUGUGAGUCUGGACAGAAUAUUGUGAGAGUUCUAGAGGAUCCAAAUGAUUUAAGACAUGACAUAGAGAGGCGAAGAAAAGAGAGAUUGCAGAAUGAAGAUGAAAAUAUGUUUUACAUUAAUAUCCCACAAAGGCACGCACAGAGUAGUAACUUUGUGAAACUUCGGAAUGCUCAAACAUACAAAUACCAGAAAUCACCAAGAUUCCCAAGUCAGCCUUUGAGAAAGUUUAUUAAGAAACCACACAUGAGUCAUUAUACUGAAAAUUCACGUGAUGAUAUUGCAAACAAUCGAUUUAAAAGGCAUAUUGAAAAUCCUGAAACAGUACAAAGACCCGUCAAGUACAGUUUUAUUGAUGGGCGCCCCCACUUCAGAUCAAAUUUAGUACAGAAGGGUUUGUACAUACAAGCUAAAUAUCAGCGGUUACGUUAUGCUGGAUCAAGAGGAUUUACCACUUAUAAAAUCAGAGAAGGACUUUUGAGGAAACAGCAGGAACUGGACAUCUGAGCUACAGUGCUGAAGUAGAUAAUAAGAUGAUCUCUUUAUAGAAGCAUCUGUUCACAUUUAAUAAUGCUAUCAAGAAUUGAAAUGGAAAAAUAGAUCUAAUACUUUAACUUUUCUUGAUAAAGAUAAUUUUAUUUUUAGUAGUAUAACGUUGCAGGACUUUUCUACAGUUUUAAUAAUGGCUUUUCAAAAAUAGCUUUCAACUGAACAUUGUAGGAAUGUCCUUUUGGUUCCUCUUAAAGACAAGUCUGAAAAAAAAAAAGCCCACCUGAAGGAAAUCUUAAUUUAUUAUCUUUUUUCCUCUAAGCAUGGUUUUAUUACUAGGAGUUGAGUUGUUAUACAUAAAGUUUAUAUGUUUAAAGUUUAUUGCUUAUAUAAUAAACAAACAAAACAAUUA